AUGGCCACCGGCAUAUAUCAUCAAAAGCGCAAGGCAUCAUAUCGAAAUACAUCUUCAUCAAACGCCCAUUACCAAGUCCAAACCAAACAUGUACAAAUCCCUCCUCCUUCUACUUAUUGUAUGCAUCUAAAAGUUGGCAACAGCCACGGCGAUAGCCUGGCUGUCAGAGUUGGGAGCACCAUUCUCGCCCUUGACGAUCUCAAUGUCCUUCAUAGCGGCACCAGCACCUUGGCUGGCAACACCCAAAGACUUGAAGACAGCCUCCUUGGCACUCCAGCGACCAGCGAAAGAGCUCUGAGGGCUAGGGGCCUGGCGACAGUACGAGAUCUCGUUGGCAGUGAAGUUUCGCUCAACAAAGGUGUCAUUAUCAAUGUUAACGGCAGAAAUGUCCUCAACAUCAACGCCGACCUGGCUGUUCUUGUUGGCAACCUUGAGAGCAAGUGCCUCCAUGACCUGCUCGGUCUCCUUGGCCUUGGUAGAAGAAACGACCUUCUCAGAUCGCUUCAUGAAGUCAGGGCUAUACUUGAGCUCAGAAGACUUCUUGUCCUCAGUGACACGGGCAUCAGGGUUCAGCAGAACCUUGCUGAGCUGGUCGUCAGCCUUGUUGUUGAUGAAGCCAUCGUGGAAGUAGCGGUAGGCCUUCUUCUGACGGGCAUCGACCUUGGCGCAGUACUCAGUGUAGGUCUUCUCGUCGAGAGUAGCAAACAGGUACUUGGGGUGAAUACCAAUAGCCUGAGCACCCUUCUGACCGAAACCGAAAGAGGUGACGGAGAAGGCCUUGACACCAUCAGUCUGGAUGCUUCGGCUGGGGUACACAAUGAGGUCAUAUUGCUCCAUGAUGGGAUCAACGUUAUCGGCGUUGCGGUUACCAGGAACAAGACCAGUGUCGAGGACCUGGAGACAUCCGUUCAUCAUCCAAGCACCUGCAGCACCCUUGGGGUGACCGGUAAGGUACUUCUGAAAGAUACCCAAAACAGCGUUACCCUUCUUGCGGCCGAGGUGGCGAAGCUGCUGGCAGAUAACGUUGGACUCGUUCUUGUCGUUGGCCCUGGUGGAGGUUCCGUGGAAAGAAGCGACACCGAUAUCGUCAACAGUAAGACCCCAAGUGGCAAGGGCACCACGGAGAGGAGCGAUACUGGGAUCGCUCUUCCAGAAGUUGUUGCCCAUGCUGCGGAGGAGUUCCUUCUCUUGGCGAGCAGCCUCUCUCUCAAUGUGAGCGAAGCGGUCCUGAGCGUACUCCUUCUCGUCGAAAGUGGCACCCUGGGACUUCAUGGCGUCAAUCUCGUCAUGGACGUACUCAAGCUCAGACUCCUGCCACUGCUUGAUGGUCUUCUUGCGGCGCUCAAUCUGGCGACGGCGGUAGUUGAUGUCAAGCAGAGGCGAAGGGAACUUGCCAGGGUUCUCACGAGCAGUAGUGAGAACACCCUGUCCGGGAGCAGGAACGGAGCGGCCAAUCUUGUCAGAGGCGGUAGUAGUAAGAGCGAUGAUACCGUGGAUGGGGACACCCAUGUCAAGGGCAAGCUUGGCAGUCAUGAUGAUUUGGAUACCACAACCCUGGGACUCCAUGAAUCCGUUUCGGGUAGUGGUGGUAGGACGAGACAUCUCCUUGGGGGUACGGCCAUGAGCAAACUCGUCGACAGUGUUGCUAGUGGCUUUCAUGUUGGCAAACUCGUAAGAGCCUUCCUCACCGAGAUCGUCGAAACCACCAACGAAACAGACGCGAGCCUUACCCUCCAUGAUAGUCUCGUAACCAGUGUCGAUGGACUCGACAGCAGUAGCACAAGCACCGACGGGGGUCUUGAUAGGUCCGGAAGAAGACAUCAACAACAUGUUAACCCAAGCGGCCAUGGUGUUGAUGAAAGACUCCUGGAGAAUGUCGUUCUGUACAGGCUGGUCGAGGAAGCGAGUGCGGUGCAUGUCCCGGAGAGCAGCAGCACCACCCAUGCCGGAACCAACACAGUUACCAACCUCAGAAACGUGGACGUACUUGUAGAACUCAUAAGGAUCAGUGAUACCGCAAGACAGAAGAGCUUCGGCAGUGGAAACGAGGAGGAACAGGGUAACGGGGUCGACCUGAGAGACGAUGUCGUCGGGAACACCGUAUCGCUUGGGGUCCCAGCCGGUGGGGAUCUGUCCAGCAACAAGGCGGUCAAAACGAAGGGCCUUAGGGAUCCAGAGAGAGGCACCCUUCCUGAGACGGAUGAUGUACUCGCCGCUGUCAGGGAUCUCAAAGACCUCGACCUUGUCACCGUGCUCACGCUUGAACUCCUCGGCGGUCUCCUUGGAAGACUCAAAGGGCUCGAGGUCCUCCUCAAUGACAACCUCGUGGAGAAGCUGCUUCCUGUUGGGGUCAUAGCCAUCGAACAGCUCAGGCUCGAUCAGACGGAUACCAGAGUGCUCGAGAACGUACUUCUCGUACUUUUGCUUAACGUCCUUGUCGUCAACAGGCUCUCCUGUCUUGGAAUCAACCCAGCCAGAGUAGGGCUUGCCCUUGAUAGGACCGUUGUGGUUCUUGAUGAGACCCAUGAUCCAAGCCAUCUCGACGCAACCCUCAAGAGAGAAUUCGCCGUAGGCUUCCAUCUCCCAUCGGGUACGAGAGUUACCCCAGGGACCAACCUCGGCGAAACCAGUAACAACAACAACCUUCUCAAGAUCGACCAUGCCCUUGAGGUUGUCGUUGAGGGGCUCAACCUCAGUCUUCCAGUCAGGGCGCUUAGGGAAGUCAAACUUGAUGUUGGCGCGAGGGUCGAUGGUCUUCUUCUUGUAGAGAACCUCAGAGGCAGCACCAUUGACAAUGGUGUUCUCAAUGGCGCUCUCCUUAGCAACAGCACGACGGACCUCGCUGGUCUCCAUGAUAUCCUUGCGAAGCUUGGUCAUGGUCUCGUUCAGGUUAGGGAUGAACUGGAGACCACCGUUGAGAUCAGCAAAGACAGGCUCGUUCUGGCACAAGUCAACCAGAGUGGGGGACAUAAGACCGAGAAGGUUGAAAGCCAUCUCCUGUUGAGAGAAAGUGCGGACGCCGAAAGCCUCAACGCCUUCAGCAACAAUGUUGUUGCCAGACAUGAGACCAGUUCCUCGGGUCCAGCCAAUGACAGCACCGCAGAUGGUGAGGUAGUUGGCCCAGCUCUCGGAGUGCCAUCUGUUGAAGAGAGUCUCAAGACCGAGCUUGGACUCGGAGUAGAGACCAUCGUUACCAAAGGUACCGUGGUUGGGAGAAAGAGGCAGGACGACUUGAGCAGGUCGGGUCUCGAAGCCACGCUCAGUCUUCUGGGCCUUGACACAUCCGAGAAGACGAACAAGGUUGGUAAGCAUGAUGCGGUGAGCGAGCUCAGACUUGGAGUCAAUGUUGUCAAUCUCACGGCCGUUCUCGGGAAUGGCAGCGAAAGGAACAAUGAAGUCGAGAUCCCAGCCGAGACCCUCCUUGGUGUCGUAGAUAUACUCGACCAAAGCCUCAACAUCUUGCUUGCUACCUUGAUUGAAGGGAACAACAACAAUCUGAGAGCCACGAGAACCGUAGCGGGUGUACAUAGCCUGGUAGUACUCCGUGACCUCACGGGAGAAGCGGCUGGUGGUAACGAUGACCUUGGCACCACCGCUGACAAGACCCUGAAGGACCUCAGCACCAAUAGAACCCGCACCGGCACCAGUCAUGAGAACGUGCUUGUCCUGGAAUGUGACACCAGACUUAGCAGCAUCCUCCAGGCAGUUCAGAUACACGCCAGUAAGCUUCUUGCUGUAGUCCCAGCCGUGGAGACCCUUCUUCUUGAGGUGAAGGAAGGGAAUGGUCUCAACCUUGCCCUUACUUUGGCUGUUCUUAAGAACCUUUCGUCCCUUGUUGUCCUUGGGAAGAAUCUGGCUCUCGUUCAUGGCAAGCGAUCGGAGGACAUCACCAUACAAGCUCUUGAUCUCAAGCUGAGAAGUCUUGGACAGCUUGUGCUGCUGCUUGAUAAGUUUGUAGAUGCGGGAAAGAUCGCUCUGAACCUUGGUACGGUUACCGUACUCAGAGAUCUUACCACCCUCGGCCAUUUGCUGAACAUAGUGUUCUAG